CCCUGCAGGGGUGUGAACACCUUCUCUCCUGAGGGGAGGCUCUUCCAGGUGGAAUAUGCCAUUGAGGCCAUAAAGUUGGGCUCCACGGCCAUUGGGAUCCAGACGUCGGAGGGAGUGUGCCUGGCCGUGGAGAAGAGGAUCACCUCCCCCCUCAUGGAGCCCAGCAGCAUCGAGAAGAUCGUGGAGAUCGACUCCCACAUCGGCUGUGCCAUGAGUGGCCUGAUCGCUGAUGCCAAGACCUUGAUUGACAAGGCCCGAGUGGAGACUCAGAACCACUGGUUCACCUACAACGAGACGAUGACGGUGGAGAGCGUCACCCAGGCCGUGUCCAACCUGGCCCUGCAGUUCGGGGAGGAGGACACUGUCCCCUCCUGUCUCCCGCAGUCCCGCCCCUUCGGCGUCGCGCUGCUCUUCGGAGGAGUGGAUGAGAAGGGCCCCCAGCUGUUCCACAUGGAUCCCUCGGGAACGUUCGUGCAGUGCGACGCCAGAGCCAUCGGCUCGGCCUCCGAGGGCGCCCAGAGCUCCCUGCAGGAGGUUUAUCACAAGUCCAUGACGCUGAAGGAAGCCAUCAAAUCCUCCCUGGUGAUCCUGAAACAGGUCAUGGAGGAGAAACUCAACGCCACCAACAUCGAGCUGGCCACGGUGGAGCCCGGGAUGAAAUUCCACAUGUACACCAAGGAGGAGCUGGAAGAGGUUAUCAAGGAUAUCUGAAAAACAAGGAAACCCCCCCCAGAAGCUCCAAUUUCCCACUCCCGAUCGAAGGAACUCUCCCGGUGCACCCAGUUCCUGGGAUUUCCCCUCCUUUAUCCCGCCAGAUCCGGAGGUGUUUUUUACUCUUUGUGGACAGAACCGAGGAGGGAAUGAAAUAAAUGAUUUUGUUAUUCCCUUUGGGGCCCUGGGAGAGGGGGGGGAAGGUGGGAAGAGGGGGUUUGGAGCAGGGAUUGGGGGUGGAGCAGGACGGGAGCGGGGUCAGGGGGCUCUGCUGGGGCAGAGUCUCCCUCUCGUGGUGAAUCCAUGGGGAAUUCCAGGUGGAAUCCCACAGUUCUCUUUAAAAAAUUAGGGCUUUUUGGACCUCUUUGGUGCAUUCCCCCCACUCCCUUUUCCGGUGGUUUUUAUCCACAAAUGUUCCAGGAGCUCUGACUCCUUCCUAUAACCUCGGGUUUCCUUCCAGAAAAGCUUGGAAAAAUCCCUAAAAAGUCAUAAAACAGAGCCCACCAAGCAGGAACAUGGAUAGAGGAUUUUAUUAUGGAUAAAAAUCCUCCAAACCUCUAAAAUCCUGCAGGUACCAUCGGAUUUUAUGGGUUUAACCCCAUUUUUGACCAAACAAUUCCUGCUUAUCCCAAUUUUCUUCCCUUAGUUUCUCAUUCUCCAGUGAGAAUCUCUAUCCCUGUCCUCCAAAAAGAGUCUGGGAAUCAAGGAUCAGUCUGAUAAGGGAAUAAACUGAGAUUAUGAGAGUA